AUGCAGGCCAAGGGAUUGUCUCUGAAGGUCGCUCAGCUCACCCCUCCCGAGAGCCCUCCCCCGGAGACCGUUGAGCUCGUCAAGCAGGCUAUUGCCACUACUUUCGAGCCCUCCACCCACGAGGAGAGCCAGCGGCUUGUCGGUACUACCCGAUUCGCCCCUCGUCGCGACAUCAACAACAUCCUCAUCACCGGUGGUGCCGGCUUCAUCGGCAGCUGGGUCACUCGUCACAUGACCGUCCAGUACCCUGAGUACAACAUCAUCUGCUUCGACCGUCUGGACUAUGUCUCCUCGAUGGCCAACAUCGACUGCCUGGAGUCCUUCCGCAACUUCCACUUCGUCAAGGGCAACCUGACCGACCGUGAAAUCGUGGCCGAGACCCUGUCCAAGUACAACAUCGACUGUGUGAUGCACUUUGCCGCCAACUCCCACGUGCAGAACUCCUUCCUCGACCCUACCAGCUUCACUGUCAACAACGUGGUCGGCACUCAGACUCUCCUGGACUGCGUCCGCGAGCACGGCCGCGUCGCUCGCUUCGUCCACGUCAGCACGGAUGAGGUCUACGGUGAAACCACCGACGACUUCGUCGACGAGACCACGCAGUUCCUGCCCACCAACCCCUACUCUGCAUCCAAGGCCGCUGCCGAGAUGUACGUCCACGCCUACGCCAAGUCCUUCGGCAUCCCGAUGGUCAUCGUCCGCAGCAACAACGUCUACGGACCUUGCCAGUACCCCGAGAAGAUCAUCCCCCGCUUCUUCAAGCUUCUCUCCAAGAACCAGCCCCUCACCCUCCAGGGCAACGGUCUCCACAAGCGCCGCUACCUGUACGGCGCCGACGCUGCCGACGGGUUCGACACCAUCCUCCACAAGGGUGUCGACGGCGAGGCCUACAACAUCGGCUCGGCCUUCGGCGUGACCAACCUCGAGGUUGCCAUCCGCAUGCUCGAGCUGUUCGGCUUCGACCCCCGCUCCGACUUCAAGGAGCGCCUGGUCUGGAUCCCCGACCGUCCCCACAACGACCUCGACUACCGCGUCGACGGCUCCAAGCUCGAGAGCCUGGGCUGGCGCCAGAACACCCACUUCGAGGAUGGCCUCCGCGCCACCGUCGAGUGGUACCGCAAGAACAUCGACGUCUGGUGGGCCGAUGAGCCCAACAAGACCGUCUCCGCCAGCAGCACCAACGCCGCUCACAUCGCCGCCCCGGCCCACCACCACCAGGCCCCGAUCAAGGUCAAGAGCGAGAACGCCCAGGUCACGAUCACUGCCACUGAGAUCACUGCUUAGAGUGCCCGUCUCUCUGAUGGAAAAGAUGGAGGAGAAGUAU